CCUUGGAGAUGAUCCCUUUUCACCCUUUGGCCCUUACUUACUCAUCUUAGGGACGUAAAGUUGUAAAAAAAGAAAAUUCGGAAUUGUGACUUCCCAGCUUCGAUGCGUAAGUCUUGCACCUGACGUGGGCGGUGUCCGCAGGAGCAGCCUACCUGCCCCUGUCAGGCACUUCAUCUGCAGGAGGGGCUCUGGGGGUUUCCAUAACCCCGCGUUCGAGUCCAUCGCGUGGCACCUACUGCCAUUGUUUGAUAAGAAACUGUUGGUGCGUUCGUCUACUGAACCAGACUGUGAAUCUUGAGCUCGGGAAGUGUCCUCAUCCCAGUACGCAGCAUGGGGUUUCACACGCUGGAGCUGCUCAAGAAUUAGCAAAAAAAAACAAAAGUGUACUGACGCGGGGGGGGGAAGCGUGGAGGAUGUGUACUGAAUAUAGUUGCCUAAUCGCGUCCGGAGAAGGAAAUGACACCUCCCUCCUCAAAUGAAGAUACUGAUUAAAACACAUUAUGCAGUUAAAGUGUGACAGUGAAGAAAUGAUUUGACUUCUAAACAAUAAAGCGACCAAACCUUCCUAUUGAGGCUUUGAUAUCCCGGUUACGGUUACAUCUGCUUUGGAAUCAUUUAUGAGAAAGAGCUGUUACAUAAAAAGAACUCACCUGGGCCUGCAGUGCUUCUACUUUUGGAAUUAGAAGUUGCCUUUUAAAUACGUUUCUUCCCUUAGACUUCUGUGAAUGUUAAAUUGCUGCUUAAUAUGAUGUCAAGAAAUAAUUUGGAGGCAUCUAGCUGUAAAAUGACAGAGCCAUUUAAUUUUGAGAAAAAUGGAAGCAGGCUUCCACCACCUCACUCUUUAAGAAGUCCCGGAGGACGUCCUAACCAUCCUAACUUCAGGUUGAAAAGCCCAGAGAAUGGAAAUAAAAAGAACAAUUUUUUGCUUUGUGAGAAAACCAAACGAUAUCUGGCUAGUCAGGAAGACAAUUCAGUAUCUUCAAACUCUAACGGCAUCAAUGGAGAAGUGACUGGGUCCAAAGGAGACAGGAAGACGUUACCAACAGGUAACUCUAUGUCAUCAUUAAAUGUUGGAAAUAAUUCACCACCAGAAGAAAUAAAUAGUAAGCCUAGAAAUAAUGUGUCUCCUGCAAAGUCAAAAAAAGUGCACAGGUUGGUUGAGAACUCCUUGUCCAUAAAUAACCCAGCACUCUUCAGCUCCUUAGGACCUCCUCUUCGGUCGACAACUUGCCAUCUCUGUGGCCUGUUUGGGUCGCUGAGGUGCUCACAGUGCAAGCAGACAUACUACUGCUCCGUCUCAUGCCAGAGAAGGGACUGGGCAGCCCACAGCAUCGUGUGCAAACCUGUUCAGCAAAAUUUCCGCAAACUUGAAGAUAAUAAAUCAGCUUUUGAAACAAAGAACACAGAAGUGAAAAAAGAGGGUGACUGUCCUCUUGGAGUUGCUAAAGAAAUAGCCAUUUGUGCUGAUAAAAUAAUGUUUUCUGAUUUGAGAAGCCUACAACUCAGGAAGACCAUGGACGUAAAGGGUACGGUUACUGAAUUCAAACAUCCAGGUGACUUUUAUGUGCAGUUAUAUUCUUCAGAAGUUUUAGAAUACAUGAACCAACUCUCUGCAAGCUUAAAGGAGACAUAUGCAAAUAAGGCACAUGAAGAAGAUUAUAUUCCUGUGAAGGGGGAAGUUUGUGUUACCAAGUACACUGUUGAUCAGACCUGGAACAGAGUAAUAAUACAGGACGUUGAUGUGCUGCAGAAGAAGGCACAAGUCUUAUAUAUUGAUUAUGGAAAUGAGGAAAUAAUUCCUGUAAAUAGAAUUCACCAACUAAACAGAAAAAUUGACUUGGUUCCUCCCUGUGCCAUAAAAUGCUUUGUGGCCAAUAUUAUCCCAGCAGAGGGGAAUUGGAGCAAUGAUUGUAUCAAAACUAUUAAAUCACUGUUAAUGGAGCAGUACUGCUCUAUAAAGAUUGUGGACAUCUUAAAAGAGGAAGUGGUUUCCUUUGCUGUGGAUAUUAUGCUGACAAGUUCAGGAAAAUUCUUAGACCAUAUACUCAUAGAAAUGGGAUAUGGCUUGAAACCCAAGGAACAAAAUUCUAAGAAGCAAAGUGCAGAUUCAAGUGAUCCUGAAGAUGUCGGGAAAAUCACAGCUGAAAACAAAAUUGUUGUAGACAGAAGUGACCUAAUCCCCAAAGUGUUGACUUUGAAUGUAGGUGAUGAGUUUUGUGGUGUGGUUGCCCACAUUCAGAGUCCAGAAGACUUCUUUUGUCAGCAGCUACAAAGUGGGCGUAAGCUUGCUGAACUUCAGGCAUUGCUUAGCGAGUACUGCAGUCAGGUGUCUCCACGCUCCAAUUUUUAUCCAACCAUUGGUGAUAUCUGCUGUGCUCAGUUCUCUGAGGAUGCCCAGUGGUACCGUGCCUCUGUUUUGGCUUAUGCUUCUGAGGAAUCUGUACUGGUCGGAUAUGUAGACUACGGAAACUUUGAAAUCCUUAGUUUGACAAGACUUUGCCCCAUAACUCCAAAGUUGUUGGAAUUGCCAAUGCAAGCUCUAAAGUGUGUGCUAGCAGGAGUGAAGCCAUCAUUAGGAAUUUGGACUCCAGAAGCUAUUUGUCUGAUGAAAAAGAUUGUACAGAACAAAAUGAUCACUGUGAAAGUGGUGGACAAGUUGGAAAACAGUUCCCUGGUGGAACUUAUCGAUAGAUCUGUGACGCCCCACAUCAGUGUCACCGAAGUGCUCAUCAACGCAGGCUUUGCCGUGGGGGACAAGGGAGUAGUGACAGAUAAACCCGGUGACGUGAAAGAAGCCACUGUUCCCUUGGGUGUAGAAGCAAAAGUCAGUCUGUUGGAGUGGACAUGGGUUGAACUUGCUGUUGAUCAAACAGUAGAUGUUGUGGUCUGUAUGAUGUAUAGUCCUGGAGAAUUUUACUGCCAUGUGCUUAAAGAGGAUGCUCUAAAGAAACUCAAUGAUUUGAACAAAUUGCUAGCAGAAUAUUGCCAGCAGAAGUUGCCUAAUAAUUUUAAGGCAGAAAUAGGGCAACCCUGUUGUGCUUUUUUUGUAGGUGAUGGUAAUUGGUAUCGUGCUUUAGUCAAGGAAAUGUUACCAAAUGGAAAUGUGAAGGUACAUUUUGUGGAUUAUGGAAACACUGAAGAAGUAACUGCAAAUGAACUCCAAAUGAUCCCAUCCAAAUUUUUAAAACUUCCAUUUCAAGGGAUACAGUGCUGGCUAGUAGAUGUACAGCCUAGAAACAAACAUUGGACUAAAGAAGCUAUAGCAAGAUUUCAGACGUGUGUCGCAGGGAUAAAACUUCAAGCCCGAGUGGUUGAAAUCACUGAAAAUGGAGUGGGAAUUGAACUCACUGAUCUUUCCACUUCUUAUCCCAGAAUAAUCAGUGAUAUUCUGAUUGAUGAACAUCUGGUUGUAAAAGCUCGUUCACCACGUAAAGACUUGGUAAAAAACAGUCCUGUUAAUAAACAUGAUCUUCGAAUUGAUGUCCCGAGGCUUCAAGCCACCUCUUCAGCUGAGCAGUGGAGGACAAUAGAAUUGCCAGUUAAUAAAACUGUGCAAGCAAGCAUAUUAGAAAUCGUAAACCCAAAGUUGUUUUAUGCUCUACCAAAUGAAGUGCCAGAAGAUCAGGAAAAACUGUGUGUAUUGACAGCCGAACUGUCAGAAUAUUGCAAUGCUCAGAAAAGUCAGUCGUCCUAUAGACCAAAAAUUGGAGAUGCAUGCUGUGCCAGAUACACAAGUGAUGAUUUCUGGUACCGUGCCAUUGUCCUGGGGACCUCAGAUGCUGGUGUGAAAGUGCUCUAUGCAGACUAUGGAAACGUUGAAACUCUGUCUCUUUUCAGAGUACAACCAAUUGCUGCCAGCCACCUGGAGCUUCCUUUCCAAGUUAUUAAAUGUUCCCUUGAAGGACUAAUGGAAUUGAAUGGAAGCUGUUCUCAGUUAAUAAUAGAGCUACUGAAAAAUUUCAUGUUGAAUCAGAAUGUAAUGCUUUCUGUAAAAGGAAUUAUCAAGAAUGUCCACACGGUGUUGGUUGAGAAGUGCUCUGAGAAUGGUACCAUCAGUAUAGCCAAUAAGCUGGUGAUGUGUGGUCUGGCGAAAAACAUCGUGUCUGAAAAGCAAAGUGCUGUAAAUAAAGAAAAGGUGAACAGGAUGAAUUGCUGCUGCAGUGAGUUACAGAAACAAGUUGAAAAACAUGAACAGAUUCUUCUCUUCCUCUUAAACAAUCCAACCAAUCAAAAUAAAUUUAUUGAAAUGAAAAAAUUGUUAAAAAGUUAAAAACAGUCUUUCUUGGAGAUGAACACUUAUUGAGAAAGGAAACAGCGAAGGCUAGACUUAGGAGACAAAGUACAGCAUCUUGUGUUUUUGUUUCUUGGAAACUUUUUCCUUAGUGACCUUUUAUGCCUUCAUUUUUGUUUGCUUACCACUCUUCUAUCUAGGUUGGGUAGUCUUACUUUUUUCCUUCUAAGUUCUUCCUCCCAAGUAAGUCUUGAAUAAAAGAUUCAUACGAAGUGCAUGGGAUUAUCGGGAUGGGAUACAUGGGGCUCUCUAGUGUACAUACAACUUUUUGUUACUUAAAGGUACUGAAGAAAAUAUGAAAAAAUAUUGAUCCAAAAAAUACUGGAUGAAUCUAGUUGGUAGACACAUGAGUUUUAUUUUUUGGACUUUUCUGUAUGUUUGAUAUAUUUUGUAAUAAAAUACACCCUGCUCUCCCUGUUACAAUCUGUCUCUUGCACGUAAUAAAUGUUCUUUGCUUUGUUGUUGCUUGGAUCUCUGCCUUCUUUUCCUGUCCACUCUGAGAUCAUCAGCUUCCUUCUCUCCAUCCUGAUUCGGAUCACGUUUCCUUCAGCCUUCAGGCACAGUCUGCCCUUGGGCUCUCACCCACUUGAACUGGGGAAGACACUUUCUCUUCCUGUUCCUGCCAUCUUUCCAAAUUGUAGCCACUUAGAUUUUUAGUGUAGAUAGAAUUUACAUUUUGUGAAGCACAAAUACAGUUAACAAUUUAAGUUAAAACACUAAGAGUUAUAUAUUUUUCUUGAUGCACGUGAAGUCAUCUUAAACUCUAAGUGACAUAUGCAGAAUUAUGGGCUAGCUGACUUUCCUGCCAGUCUGUAUGUUUCUAUUUGGGGAUUUUUUCAUGAUUUAAGUAUCAGACUGUGACAGCCUAAGAAGAUGUUGUCAUCAACUCAAAGAAGAAACUUGACUUUUUUUUUUUGGCCUUUACUGGUAAUGUGUCAGCUAGAUUAAAUGGGGUUUUUCCUCAUGUAAAAAGCUAUUCAAAUAUUGAUGUGCUUCUAUUAGAUAAAAAUUUAA